AUGCAAAUGAGAAAUAAAACUACGGACGAGAAUGGUAUACCGGAGUGGGCGAUAGUAGAGCUUCAAGGCCUCAUCCAGUUGAAGAAGGAGAACCCGUCGGGAGUAACGGUGGCCGGAGACUUGCACUACUUCAACAGAAACGGCCAUCCCGUUCUCAUUCUAGGCCACCACGUCCUCAACGGGAAGGAAGUCAAACUAGAACACCCAAUGGCGGUCAUUGAAAAAAUUAUAAUCGACGAAAAAACACAAUACAAAGUAAAAGCAAUUGUCAAGAAGAAAUUGCUCUUUAAAUCCCGACCCAAGCCUAUUAUAUCAAACGUUGCUGAUAAAGUAUGA